AUGAACGAUAAAAAUCUGAACGGAACUGGCCCAGCUUAUUCUCUUUCUGAAGGACCUGAGCUUGUUCCUGAAAAGUCUGAGUCUGUUCCCGCAGAGGCUUUCCCCGAGCCUGAGCCUGAGUUUGAAGAACCUGAGCCUGUUCCCGCAGAAACUUUCCCCGAGCCUGAGCCUGAGCUUGAAGAACCUGAGCCUGUUCCCGCAGAAACUUUCCCCGAGCCUGAGCCUGAGCUUGAAGAACCUGAGCCUAUUCCUGCAGAAACUUUCCCCGAGCCUGAGCCUGAGCUUGAAGAACCUGAGCCUGUUCCCGCAGAAACUUUCCCCGAGCCUGAGCCUGAGCUUGAAGAACCUGAGCCUAUUCCUGCAGAAACUUUCCCCGAGCCUGAGCCUGAGUUUAAAGAACCUGAGCCUGUUCCUGCAGAAACUUUUCCUGAGCCUGAGCCUAAGCUUAAAGAACCUGAGCCUGUUCCCGCAGAAACUUUCCCCGAGCCUGAGCCUGAGCUUGAAGAACCUGAGCUUGUUUCUGAAGAGUCUCCUGCUGAAAGAGAAUUCGAGUAUGAUACUCCUAAUCACGAGAUACUACCUAAGGCUUCUGAUUAA